CCUCGCCCGGGACCCGCCCCUCGCUGGGGAGCUGAGCGGUUGCACUGGGUCCCCCUGUGCAGCCGCAGGUGCCUGAGCCCGAACGCAGCCCUAACUGACUGCUCCUGCAGCCGCGUCCUGCUAGGCAGGUGUCUUCUGUGCCCAUUGCUCUUGGCCUGCGAAGUGCGGUCAGCCCCAGCUCCUCGAACGGAAGCAUCAUUUUGAGAUUCCCCUAACUUUCCAGGACUUAUCCUGGACAAAGAUGAGUGUUUCUUCCAGCAUACUGUAACUAGAGUGACCACGUUAGUGCAGACUUUACCAUGGGAGCCAACACAUCAAGCAAAGCACCAGUGUUUGAUGAAAAUGAGGAUGUCAACUUUGAUCACUUUGAAAUUUUGCGAGCCAUUGGGAAGGGCAGUUUUGGGAAGGUCUGCAUCGUGCAAAAGAAUGAUACCAAGAAGAUGUAUGCCAUGAAGUACAUGAAUAAACAGAAGUGUGUGGAGCGCAAUGAAGUGAGGAAUGUCUUCAAGGAACUCCAGAUCAUGAAGGGCCUGGAGCAUCCUUUUCUGGUGAAUCUGUGGUAUUCCUUCCAAGAUGAGGAAGACAUGUUCAUGGUGGUGGACCUGCUACUUGGUGGGGACCUGCGUUAUCACCUUCAGCAGAAUGUCCACUUUCAGGAAGACACAGUGAAGCUCUUCAUCUGUGAGCUGGCCAUGGCCCUAGACUACCUACAGAGCCAGCGCAUCAUUCACAGGGAUAUGAAACCUGACAAUAUUUUACUGGAUGAACAUGGGCAUGUGCACAUCACAGACUUCAACAUUGCUGCUCUGCUGCCCAAGGAGACUCGGAUCACCACCGUGGCUGGCACCAAGCCUUACAUGGCGCCUGAGAUGUUCAGCUCCAGGAAGGAAACGGGGUACUCCUUUGCUGUCGACUGGUGGUCCCUGGGGGUGACAGCUUACGAACUGUUGAGAGGCCGGAGACCAUAUCAUAUCCGCUCCAGUACUUCCAGCAAGGAAAUUGUGAACAUGUUUGAGACGGCAAUUGUAACGUACCCUUCUGCUUGGUCGCAAGAGAUGGUAUCCCUUCUUAAAAAGCUACUUGAACCUAAUCCAGACCACCGGUUCUCUCACUUGACUGACAUUCAGAAUUUCCCUUACAUGAGUGACAUGAACUGGGAUGCAGUGCUGCAGAAGAGGCUGGUCCCCAGCUUCGUUCCAACUAAAGGCAGGCUCAACUGUGACCCCACUUUUGAACUGGAAGAAAUGAUUCUGGAGUCCAAACCUCUUCACAAGAAAAAGAAGCGCCUGGCAAAAAAGGAGAAGGAAAUGAGAAAAUGUGACUCCUCUCAGACAUGCCUUCUUCAAGAGCACCUCGAUGCUGUCCAGAAGGAAUUUAUAAUUUUCAACAGAGAAAAGGUAAAAAGAGACUUUAAUCAAAGACAAGCAAACCUAGCCUUGGAACAAACCAAAAACAACGCAGAAGAGGAGGAUGGCGAGAAUAACAACCUGUGAGGUUUCAUCAUUUUGGGGUGGGGGACAGUUCUCCGCACCUGGCCAGAAACUUCUGAUUAUCCCGUCCAGAAGAGCUAAGGGCAGUCGUUACCACUUCACACCUCAUGACUUACAGAAUGUGAAAGAUCACCCUUCGAAGCUGGCAACACUCUACAGUGAAGAGAGCCCUGGUUCUGAGCUCCCUCAGAUCUGAUUUCACCACUAGUGAACUCUGUGACCUUGAGCAAUUCUUUUAACUAUUUCCUCUGUUUCUGUUCACUGCUGGAAAGGUAGAGUGCCAUUUCCGAUGAGCUAGCCUUUAGUCUGCUAAUGCCACAGUUCUUGUUCAAACAGGCUUUAUUUUUAUUUUUAAAUGAAUAUUUGAAGGUAGGUUUAUUUUUUUUUUCAUUCUUUUUGAUGACAUUGUAAAAAUGGACACUGUAUACAGUGAGCCUCUUCAGGGCUAAAGAAUAUCACAGAGAGGCUAGAAUUCUAAGGCCUGAUUGGACAGGAAUAGGAUAUUCCACCAGAAACAAGUACAUAGGUCAGAUUAGGAGUAGCAGAGACCCAUAGGACCUUGCAGCGGGGAGCUGUGUUGGCACGGUAAUUGUUAGCAAGGGUCUGCUGUGCACACGGCCUCUCAACUUCUCUCCAGUGAUAUGGCCUUGGUCCGUUGAACUUGGUACUGAUGGAAGGAGUCACAUGCAGCAGUUUAGUAAAUGCCGCAAGCUGUGAUUCUUUCAGCAUGGCAGUGGUGAAAUAUUGAAUUCCAUUUGCCGUUCUCUGGUAUGCCUGCCGCUUGAAGGCUGAUUUUCCUCCGGAAUGGCAGAGACCUGCUUCUGGGGAGGAUUAACAAGAGCGCUGCCCCAGUGAAGGCUUUCAAUGGGUCAGUGAAGCUACACCUUACAGGAGACUUAUCUUGCAUGUUAACACGGGAAGCUGGAGAAAGUUUCCCGUGAGAAACUCCUAACUCCAGGUAGCACAAGGCAAGGAAAACUUAGGCAGUCCAUUGCUUCUCUGUCAUGAAACUUGUUACCUUUCGUUUGGUCCUUUAUUUUUCAUAUCGGUCACCUAACAUAUGGAACAAUUUACACAUGGCUACAGACUAGAAUUACAUUUAAAGCAACAGGAUGUGUACAGAUCCCAGAGGUCAAAUUCAGGGAGACUGAUGCCUCUACGUUAUAUCACUGUGAGAUGGCUGGCUAGAAUUGCCUAGCUCCUUACCAUAUCACUGAUGUCUCACUCUUUCCUGUCUCUAUACUUCAAUUGUGUGCAAAGUGUAUUCAUGUAAAUGUGCAUGUGAUGUAACACCACUGUGCUGACGCCAAUGAAAUCUAGAACCUUUUUGGGUGCCUUCCACUGGCAUCGCUGGGUAGAACGAGGAAGUAGGUGGGCUUUACAAAGUGUUGUUUUCAACUCCUGGAAACUGAGGCCAUCUAGUGGUCACCAUGAUGACAGCAAGCUGCCGUUUGGGGCAGGCAGACAGGUGGAAAUUGACAGAACACACUGGGGAAGUAAAUCUGUGUAGAAAAGCAAGAGCUGAAUGUAAGACCAGCAUUGAUGGUUCACCAGAGUUUCUGGCAUAGCUGUGUGAUAGUGCCUCUCUACUAAGAGCAGCCAUAUUUUUUUAAAGAAUCAAAAACCGCCUCUUUUAUCCAACUCCUGUCUCUGAAGUUCUCGUGUGUCGCUUGUGAUAUUUUGGUUAUGUUUAGUCACUGUUUAAUUCAAAGCACUUGCCCUGACUUCCAGGCAGGUGAAUGGGUCAAACAUAGUAACCCCGAGGUGACUGGAUUCUGCUCCAGGCUGGCACCUUGACAAGUGUCAGGGACCACCCACACACACACUCCAGCUUCUGCCUUUUGUCUGUCUGUGCUGAGGACCUAAUGUACCAUGGAUUCACCCUCUUUCACCUGGCUCCUCCUUCUCCUGGAUCUUGUCAGCAUCCUCCAAAACAUCAGCGCUCAGAAAUGAUUUCCAAAGGACAGCAGGGUCAGCAGGUCUCCACUGGGGAUGAUGAGGACUUGUGGACUGUACGCAUCUUCAAACAUUAAGGUGGGGGGUAGGAUCCCAUGCAAUCUCUGAAGUUUGAAUCUCUAGUUUUUAUUUCCAUUGAGCAUCUUCCUGAGGACCACUGGCUUUCAGAACCGGGGAGGUGCUGGUUGUAGUUUAGUGUGGGAGUUGGGUAGAUUUCUAGUGCCAGUCAGAUGAGUGGCACACAGUGUGUUUGAAGUUAAAAAAAGAAAAACACAAAAACAAAAACCAUAUUGGGCUGGGUCUGUACCUCCGCAGUAGACUAUGAGCAUAGCAUGCACGAAGGCCUGGGUUAGGUCCGCAGCACCAGGCGAAACAGAACCCCUGCAUCUAGCUGUACAGAAUAACUGACUCAGCACUGCCCACUGCUGUGCAUUUUAAAGAAGAGAUUUAAAGACAACAGAAACAAAACUUUCCCAAUGUUCCUGGUGAUUGCGUCUUGGUUUUAUUCCCUACUUUGAGCUAAAUGUUAGCGCCCCCCAGAUGAAACAUCCCCUCGAUUAUAUUUCUGAGAAGAAUUAGGGACUGAGAACAUCAGAAAACUGUGUGACUACUUCAUCCUUUUUUCUGCUCCUUGCAGAAUCUCUCCAUGCAGUUUCCUCCCGUACUUUCCAGAGCAUCUGAAAAGGCCUGAGGAAGGUUUGAAAACUGGAGUGUCCUGGCUGUGACACCACAGUGAGCUGCCGUCUCCAGGCAUUCCCAGUGACCCAGAGUGGAGGGGUGGGACAGCCUACCCAUUGGGCACCCCUGGCCAUGACCCCUACUCCCUGGAAGGAAGUAUCCUGCUAGGACCCAAUGACCCCCACAGCAGCCCUGGUGUUGGCUGAGAUCAUCUUUAGGACAGGAAUGGAUUUCAAGCAGCACAGAACAUUGCUGAAUUAACCACAAUAAUCUAAUUAGUGGGGGUCUAGAAACGACUACUGCUAUGGCUUUCCUAGUGGAUGUGUGAAUAUGUAAUUAGGAAGAAAGAGUGCUGAUGCGGUUAUUGAGAACCAUGUUGCUGUUCAAGGUUGACAGGGAUGCUGAACUUCAAUGCUUCAGCCGCUUAGUGGACAGGCAUGGCUAGCCCUUUGCUCAGCGCCUCCGUAUUCCUGUGUUUUGUCCACGUAAGAACCGUCUCCUACUUCUGUCCACUGCUGAUUGCUAUUCACCGCGAGUUCAGUGUCUCUGCCCAAUGUUAGACACCGAGACUCCAGAUUUCAUUUUUCUGUGAUGUUCUGAACUGGUGGUUGAUUUAGAAGUCCCCAAAUUAUAAAAAAAGAAAAAAAAAAGAAAAAAAUGUGCUUCUGUUGAGCCAUAGUGUAUGUGAUGUAAAUGUGCCUGCACGGAUUAAAAUGUCUUCUGUAACAACAUGCGCGUGGCCUUCCGUUGUCAGAUGUGUAUGUGUUUGGCCAUUCCCAGGUCACCUCUCCUUACAUGCAUUUCCAUUGAGAAGAAUGAGCCUUUAGCAGGGAUAGUGUUGGAGAUCUGUGCCUGUACAUGUUAGUGAACUCACAGAGGGCGUGCCACCAGAAUCCCGUCUUCUGCCCUUUACUGUGACCUGAGUUUUACAAACAGCCCAUCUAUGUCUCUUUUGAGAUGGUCUCCACUCCUAAGUGUCAUGUUCCUUUCCUUAUGCCAUAGCCACGGGAGGAUAUUCCAAGGCCCAUGAUCUGAAGUAAAGGACAGCAGGCACGGUGAGAACUUUCAACUAACUUGCAGGCUCACAACAGCUCCACAGUCAGCAAACUGCAAGUUCCUGGGCUUGUCCUGAGUUAGUGGGCUCUGAAGUCCCUGUUGCCCAGGCCAUGCCAAGUGUCCAGUAUGCUGUUCCCAGUAUCCAGCUGAGCAAAGAUCAGGAUCCAGCACCCUAGAUUCUGAAGAGAGCCAGCCCUAGGUACGUGAUCUCAUUUUGCAGGUUGCUCUGGUACCUUUAUUUCCCAUCUCCUUGGGGUUUUGUUCCCUCUGUGAUGGGCUGGCAUUAUGAGAGCUGAUUCUCAAAAGUUCUUGGGAACCAGAAUACCCUUGUUAUUCUUAUCCCUGCUCAGUGUUCUCAUUCCUGACCUUGUCAAGUGUGACUCAGCUGCUGAACACUUCCAGACUCCAUAGGUAUGAAAGUUAGCCAGUGUGUCUCUGACAUCAGUGUUUUUAAAAAGCUGUUUCAUCCUUCCCAGAACACUGCAUCCCAACUAGGAUCAUUGUAGGUGCCAAUGGCUCCUUUUAAAGCCACCCAAGUCUUUAAUAGGCAUAGCUAUUCCUUGGUCAUGAAAAGGGAGACAUGUUUCACCAGUCUUAAGGGUGACCGAACUUAUCCCCUUUGGCUGGGAAUAUUGAGGGAAUCUCUUUUUGGGGUAGACUAGGAAGGUAAAGUGAAAGCCUGGAGAUGCCAAUGACUGGUGUUGCCUCCACAUGGAAUGAGCUUUAUGGAGGCAAAAGCACCUCUUCAGGAAGGCUGGACUGAGACAGAAAGCCGCCAGGGUUCACCACUUACAUUCAGCAAUACCGUGUCUCACGAUUCUAUCUGAGCUCUUCAGACAUUCUAAAAUCCCACUUCUAGUGGCCCCCGUGUGCCAGUGUACACCUCGCCACUGAAUGCCCUACAUAAAGGAGAACUGGAUCCAGGAAUGUUUCCCAACACAGGGGAGAUGCGAUGGAGGUCCAGUAGCCAGAAUCAUCUGAGAGCCCUGAAUUGGACUUUAUUUCCUUGUUGUCUGGGGCAUGGGCGUUGUUUCUGUUUUUACCAUGCUGAGGAUCUAACCAAGGGCCCUCUGCCUGCUGGCUAAACAAAUGCUCUACCCCUAAGAUGCAUCCCCAAGCCUGAACAACAUUAAAAGGCUCGUUAUACUAAUCAGAACCUCCACUUCUAAUAUGCACAGGGAAGCUCCCAGAAGAGUGGGCAUAGCCAACAGUUUUCUUUUCAGACACUCAUUGGACUGUUUGAGAUCAACCUGCUGAAGAAAAAAAAAAUGUCAUGGAUUUACUUGGGGGUUUUUCCCUCCAAGUCCAGGCUUUUGAAAAUAAGUAGAUCAUGUUUACAGAACGGCAUAGUAACAAGGUUUGGCUGAAGACAGAAACACACCAAAGUACAACAAAAUAAAACCUUUUAAAGUUC